UUUUUUUGAUUUUUUAUCCUUGCAAACAUCCACACGAUAUCGUUAUAUAUAUACCCUUAUCAACCGCAAUUCCAUCAUGGCAACCCAAAUAUCCCACCUCCACGCCGUCAUCCCCUCCCCCAAGUUCCCCAACCUGUUCCUCCGCACCAUCAAGGCCUCCGACGUCGAACGCUUCGUGGCCAUUCUCUCCGCGCCGGCGAACAAAUUCGAUCCUCACAGCCAAAACAUGUCGCUGGAGACGGCAGAGGCCGCCAUUGCCCGCUCGCUCGAGUCGGCCAGCGAGCCCACCUUUGUCGACGCCCAAGGCAGCGUCACCAGGGGCCCGGACCGCGUCAACAUGAUGGUGGUCCUCAAGGGUGAAGACGGCAGCGAUGAGGAGACGAUUAUCGGGCUGGGAGGCUUUGGGUCGAUCAAGAGCCGCAAGCGGGAUGGGCGCAGAAUCCGAGUUGGCAAUGUGGGCGCCAUGUUGGACCCGGAGUAUAAGCGCCUGGGUUAUGGCCUUGAGGCAAUGAAGAUGGCUAUUGGAUGGGGCUAUGCGCCGGCUAGCGAAGGGGGACUUCAGCUGGAUUUGGUGACAAUUACAACGUUGAAGGAGAACGAGUCGAUGUUGCAGCUCGUCAAUACAAAGUUUGGGUUGGAGGGGCAGGGGGUUAUGAGACAGUCCGAGUUUGACGAGGAGAAGACGGAGGUGCACUAUAAGCUGAAGAAGGAAGUCUGGGAGGAUUUGAAGAGAACCUGGUGAAGGACAGAGAAUUGACAGGGCCUUACCAGAGAGCUGGACAAGAAGACGUACAUCAACAAGAACGAAUGAUGGACAGAGAAGUAAAGGAAAAGGAAAAGAUAGCCGUCUAUAAUUGAGGAAUAAGGAAACCAAAAGCAACGUCACCAUAAUCUACCGCUUCAUAUUCUCCCAGACCAGUAUAAUCACAGAGUCAAUGUUGUCAGGCCCAGGCUCGCCAACAGCCUUGUCAAUAUAAGCCUGCCACACAGCCCCAUCAUCACUCAUGACCGAGUCUACAAACUUCCACACUCUUCUACUUCCCGUCCACAGCAGCUCUGUUCUAUCCACACCUGCAUCGUCAAUGACAACUUCAUGCAAUGUCGACGAUUGGUUCGCUGCUGUCAUGUUAUCUGUGAUAAUCGCCUUUGAGCUGUGCUGUAUCGUAUCGAAAUGCUCGCUGAUGGACACUCCGACCGUGAGAGCCCAAUUG